AUGAAAGAAGCAGAAGUAAGGAGGCUCUUGGCUGCCAACCUCCUCUGUGUUUUUUCAGUUAUUCUGACAGCGGUUGUUCCGGCUUUCUUCUGGGACGGAUUCAGCGUUUUGGGAACACACCUCGCGUGGCUGUGUAUUUGUUCUGUUUGCGUUAGUACCCUUAGUAUAAUCUUGCACUUAGUCCUUAAACCAAAUCUGUCUCCUAAGAGAAGUUCGUUUGCUCACAAGAUAUCCAGAUUUCUAAAAUGCUGUAUGUACUUUUUCAUGUCUUGCAUACUAUUUCAUGCGAUUAUUGUUCUUUAUGGAGCACAUAUUUCCUGGUCAGUGACUGAGACAUUUUUGUUUGCAGUUCUACUGUCUACCUUUACUACUUUACAAUGCUUGUGUAUACUGGGACCAAACAUACAAGCAUGGAUACGGGUAUUUAGUAAAAAUGGAGCUAUGUGCAUCUGGGAAAGCAGUCUACAGAUUACUACCAUGUGCAGUAUACUUGGAGCUUGGUUUGGAGCAUUUCCUAUUCCUCUUGAUUGGGAUCGGCCUUGGCAGGUAUGGCCCAUUUCCUGUUCCCUCGGCGCUACCUUUGGCUAUGGGGCUGGGCUGGUUAUUGCACCUCUGUGGAUACACUGGAACCGGAAGCAGCUUACAUACAAAAGCAGAUAA